AGAGCAUCAAAAGAAAACAUGUUUCCUUUAAUUCUUUUUGUUGGCGUGAUUAUUUCUACAGGAUCAACUGUGCAGGGAACAUCGAACACAGACUCAUCUUUGCCUGCUCUUAAUUCUACAACACCACCAAGUUCAUUAAAUGAAGUGUUCAUUAGCAAUGAAACAAUUAUUACAACAAACUCACAUGGAACCUUUCUUGUUUCCUUUCUUAUUCAAAAUAAAACAAGUUCUACAAACCCUGGUUCAUUAAAUAAAGUGCUCAUUAUCAAUGGAACAAUUAUUACAACAAUCUCAUAUGAAAAUUUCCUUGUUUCCUUUCGUAUUCAAAAUAUAACGAAUUCUACAACACCUGAGGAGGGAACAACAAACACAAACUCAUCUUCGUCUGUUGUUAAUGCUACAACAACACCAGAUAUACUUGCCAUCGAAUCUGAAAUACUCGAUGAAUAUGUGAUGUAUAUACUAAACUUAAUAUAUGACAGAGUUUUAAAAAGACAUCAGAUGACUAUGAAACAGCUCUAUAAGGUGCCAUUUGAGAGGAACAGUGAAAGAGUCAAGGCGUUGCGGUACCAGUAUGUCCAGUUAGAAGUACAUGAAACGACCCACAUUCUUGUUUUUGUGGACGAGGCUGUGUUUAAUCUGUCCAAAGGCCCAAGAAGUGGUCGCAAUCUCAUUGGACACCGAGCCACAAUUGACACACCAGGCCAACGUGGGGCAAUAUUACAAUGUGUGCUGCCAUUUCAGAGAAUGGUGUGA